AUGGGAAGCAAAUAUGCGCUAAUUCUAUACACUCAAAUAGCAUUGCUCAUAAUAGACAUAAUUUUCAAUUCGGUUUCAGUUUUGCUGGUUGGAAAUAAUACGAUUCUACUGAUGUUAUAUAUGUGAGUUUUUGAAGGAAUUUUACGGAAUUUGAGAAAAUGUAUUUAACAUUUUUCCAGCCUACAAGAUACAUUUCUUGUAAUGUCUUGCCUUGUUCUGAUGAUCAGUUUUUCAUCAACAUUCAUUUUUCAAAUCGGUCUGAUUCCCCUGAUCUUCACAACGUUUCUUCCAACUAUAUUUCUCACCAUAUUCUACACUUUAAUUUCCAUUGGUUAUCAUUAUGCAAGUUUGGUGAGUUCAAAGGGAAAACACCUUGUUCAUGUGUUUUUUCAGAAUGCUAAUUGGGAUGAUCCAAGUGUCAAUAUUUUUCAAUCAAUUCCACUCACCGGGUUUUAUAUUUUUCAUAAAUUCCGUACGUUUUUCUGCUUUCCAGCGUCUUCUAAUGUAAAUAAAUAUAAUUUUUUCCAGUCGCGUGUUUUUACUAUUCUUUCUACAAACGAGCUGCACUUCACAUAUCCGAUCCAAAAUACAAUCAAGAUUCUGAUUGGCUUCGAUCGAAAUUCAUGGAAUUGUUCUCGAAGUCGAUACCAAAUGCUGAAGAAGUUCGAGCAUCGGAUAAUAAAGAAACCCUUAAAACCGAAUAA